UCAGCAUUUUCCACCUCAGGAGCUCCCUGGAGAGCUGGAAUUCAGAAAGGUCUCAGACGCAGACCUCCAUCCCAUCCCCUCCCUGCUCGACUGGGCAGCCUCUUCAGACCAUCUCUGUGCAGAAUGGCAGGAAAGUCUGCAGCCUUGACCUACCAUGCUCCAAAAGAACAAGAAGGACUCAUAAUUGUGAAGGUUGAAGAAGAAAAUUAUGUUUGGGGGCAGCACUUUAGCCUUCAGGGAAAGGCCUGUAGCCGGGAGGCCUUCCGCCAGCAGUUCAGACAGUUCGGUUACUCUGACUGCGUGGGGCCCCGGGAGGCCCUGAGCCGGCUCCGCGAGCUGUGCUGUCAGUGGCUGAGGCCGGAGGUGCACACCAAGGAGCAGAUUCUGGAGCUGCUGGUGCUGGAGCAGUUCCUGGCCAUGCUGCCUGAGGAGCUGCAGGCCUGGUUUCAGGAGAACCGGCCAGAGAGUGGAGAGGAAGCCGUGGCGAUGCUGGAGGAGCUGGAGAAAGAGCUUGAUGAGCCACGGCAACAGGACACGGCUCACGGCCAAGGAACGAUCUGGAAGGAAAUGACAUCUGUGGGAGUGCUGGAGUCACUGAGUAUCCAGCUCCAGCCCUUGGAGAACCAGUGUAAGAGUAAGACGCAGGAAGCCCAGGCUUUCUAUGAGCGAGAUGGCAAGCUGGUGGCAGACAGAGUAUUGACAGCAAAGCAAGAAAGUAUUGAAUGUGAAUGUGUGGCCUCGGCAGCCAUGAGAGCCCCAGGGAGACUCCCUGGAGAAGGUCCUUCAGGACAGGUAGUUGAAGAGGCUUUGGGAGGUCUGGACAACUUUGAGAAGCCAAGAGGAAGUGCUGUGGGGAAUAGAAUGAGUCGGCGUCCUUCUCAGGGAAGACAUUUCAGUCUGGCAAGCUUCAACAAGAAGGUCUCCACAGAAGAGCCACUGCAAGGUAAUGAAAGUGAAGGGGGUCUCAGUCUGAACUCAAACGUUGUAACGCAACCGAGAAUUCAUACGGCGGGAAAGCUCUAUGAGUGCUUUGACUGUGGGAAAGCCUUUUGCCAGAGCUCCAAGCUGAUUAGACAUCAGAGAAUUCAUACUGGAGAGAGACCUUACGCCUGUAAAGAAUGCGACAAAGCCUUUAGUCUGAGCUCGGACCUCGUUAGACAUCAGAGGAUUCACAGUGGUGAAAAACCCUAUGAGUGUUGUGAAUGUGGAAGAGCUUUCAGGGGCAGCUCAGAGCUCAUCAGGCAUCGCAGAAUUCACACUGGAGAGAAACCUUAUGAAUGUGGCGAAUGUGGGAGAGCCUUCAGCCGGAGCUCAGCCCUUAUUCAGCAUAGGAAAAUUCACACUGGAGACAAAGGCUAUGAAUGUAUCGAAUGUGGUAAGGCUUUUGGUAGAAGCUCUAUCCUUAUUGAACAUCAAAGAAUUCACACUGGAGAGAAACCUUAUGAAUGUAAUGAAUGUGGGAAGUCCUUCAAUCAGAGCUCUGCCCUCACCCAGCACCAGAGAAUCCACACUGGGGAAAAGCCUUAUGAAUGUAGUGAAUGUGGGAAAACAUUUAGGCAUAGAUCAGGACUGAUGCAGCAUCAGAGAACUCACACCAGAGUUUAACUCUGUGGAUAAUUGUUGUACAAUUGUGAAAUUCUAGGAAUUCACUUCAUGGGUGAGAUUCCACAGAAGAUGGAGGUUUCCUGAGAGCAGAAUUCCUGUCCUUCCACUGCAGUUAAGUAUUGUAGAUCCACACAAAGAUGCCUAUUGAAGUGUUGCGAUUCACAGUGAAUCCAGGAUUGCGGACAAGAUCCUGCCUUGUCUGAUGGUCUAAGAGGGGAUGCCUCCGGUGGCAAGGAGCCCGUCCUGUGCCUUUGGCAGGUGGAGGCACGUGCUGGGAGUUAUUCUGUUCUCUGAAAUGUUGACUCGUGAGGUUGUGAAGUGUUGAAUGAUGCCCUGGAUCAGUUUAGUAGUAUCUGGGGAAUGGUAGCUCAUUCCACUGCCUUGCUCUUUCUCUCCUCCGCCCUGAGCUUCCUGCUGAGGUCAGCUGAGGUCUACUUAUUUACUUAGCGUGUGCUGCGUGCCCACCAUUGAGGCAGGCCUGGCUGCUGCCGUCCCAGAGUUAAGUGAUUGCAGUGAAAUGUGAUCAGUGCUUUGGUAGGAUAAAUCCAGGAUUCUGUUGACAUGCAUGGCAGGGGUAUCUAACCUGGUCCAUGAGUCACUAAAGGCUUCCUGAAUGAGAUGAAAUCUCAGUUGAGACAUAAAAGGUGGGUAGAAGUUGGCGGAUCAAGGCAAGAAGGAAGAGAAGACUGUUCCAGGUGGAGGUUAGAGCACAUGCAGUGACAUGAGGAGAGGAUCUGGAGAUGUCCCUUCACCUGGAUUCUUCUCUCGCCAGAAUUUGUUCUCGUAGCCCCUGGUCCAGAAACCAGGACAAGUGUUGGUUCCUCUCUUUCUGUGUCACUGAGCUGGGUAGCCUGUCUCAGACCCAGAGUGACCUGAGAGUCCUGGAAGUACUCAGGGGAAUUAGUGUAAUGGAAGGCUGCUGUGUUGUAUGGAAAAAGGCAUGUUUGUCCACUAAGGAAAGAUUACAUGUUGGAGGCUAGAGGGACAGUGGGGACUGGAGUGUUUGUGUCCCAUGGCCCUGGAGCCCAGGAACUGGGAAGCUGACAGGAACACAGGGAUGGGAGGUCUGCCUUCUGAGGCUCCACUAUUCCUCACUCCGUGUUCCCUCCCCUUGUCACCAGGCUCACAGAUGCUAAGCUACCUGAAGUCAAUGAAUAUUUGCUGAAUUAUCCCCUCAGCUUCCUCAAAACCCUGCUUCUCUGCUAAUUCUUAUUUUGGCAGUUUUAAUUAACCCACAGUUAACUGCUGAGGGCAGUUAAUACCGAAGAGAAAGUCUGAGUCAUCUUCUAAGAUGUGCUGAUUUCCUGUCCUGAUACUGUCACUCGUGAAGAAGUGGUGGUCAAGACGCUGUUGUGGGUGACAGAGGCGGCGCAACUGGGGGACAGCCUUUGUGUCCAAAGGUUAUGGGAUGUUUAUGGAGCGAGGUCAAUCAGCAGUUUAAAAAGAUCCUUCAAAGGGACAGAGUUGCCUUUCCUAUAGGUGGCAAUCAAAUGAGUUCAUGUUUUUAAUAUCAUUUAAUAGUUUUUUUCCUGAUUGUGAAUUAACUGUAAAUGUUGACAGUACAGAAAAUGAGACAGUAUAAAUCGCCCAUGAUCCCGCCAUCCGUAGAAACAUUGUGGACAUUUUUGGAGUACUUCUAUUAGCUUCUCCCCCCAGUCCUAAUAUUUUUUGGGGUAGAAAUCUUAUUUGGUAAAUAAUUGCUAGUAACUGAUUUUAACCUUUAUACUUUUGAAUAUAUAUUUCAAUUGUUUAGUAUUAGAAUGUAAUGCAAAAUGUCUUAUAAUAAAAUUUAAGUUUUAAGUUUUGCAUUGAAAUUAUUCAUUCAGGAAUAGGGAGCACACAAACACACUUGGAGAGGUGCUGGGGGUAGGGGGAGAGUUGUGGGAAGAAGCCAGCGAACUGGUGUUCUUAGCUUUUACUCCCUGGGCCAAAGCGUGUCUGGACAUGACAGCUAAGUCCCUGAGGCUGCAGUUCACCAACUUCGUGAAAUCACAGAAUUGAGGGGACUUCUGGGGCUGCACUGUGGUUGGAAGAACGUGGGGAUGAGAUC